UGGUUAACUCGAAGACGUGUAAGGCAAGAUAUUCUAGCAUUAAAAAAGGAUGGUGCAUCCAGAGCACGAGUUAGAAGAGGAGGAGGAACAGGAGGAGGGUGCCAAUAAGUGCGAUUGUAAUAGUUCUGGAAGUAUUCAUAUACUCCAGUCAAUGAGGAUAGAUGAACCUGCUGAAGCGCCAAUUUGUCGCAAACCUGAUGAGGAUCAGGUAAAGGUGCUUGUUGCCCCUGAUAAUGGAUACCAGUGGUUGAUUGAUUUUCAGCUGCCUAAGGAAUGUCAUUUCAGUUGGAAGGUUGAACAUCUUUUAAUGAUGUUAAGAUCACGAUUGCACGAAGAAGAAAUUGUUUGUACCUACUUAGUAAAAGAUGAUCCCAUUUACAAUGUAAGAUAUGUCAUUAACACACGAAAAACAACGAAUCCGAAAAUAAUAGACGAUGCUGUGAUUAGUGAAACUAGCAGUCCUAUGAAAAAAUUACGAAAACGCAGAAGAAGCUCGUCUGAUUCAUCUUGUUCUGUUUCGACAAAAAGCAGCGAUGAUAUAAUAGAAGUGCAGAGUUCUGACCAAUGUCUCACACUGGAUUUGCGAAGAAAUGCACAAGUUAUUUUAGUGUAUCCUAAACCGCCUAUGAAGUAUGGGAUUACUGUUACAACAGAAGACUUUAAAUGCCUGAAUCAGGGCCAGUUCCUGAACGACAUAAUUAUAGAUUUUUAUUUAAAAUAUUUUGCUUUGGAAAAAUUAUCGGAUCAAGAUAAAGAAAGAACAUACAUUUUCAUUACUCAUUUUUAUUACAUUACUUGUAUAGAAGCUUGUGUGAUAACCAAUCAUGGAUACAUAACCACAACUUUCUUCUUAGAUGAUCCAAAAAUUAUUUUUAUAUUCAAAAUUACAAGUGCAUUCAAACCACACAAUACCUCUGAAGUUAAUUUUGAGCUUGAUGCAGAGUACAUGAUCCAAAAAAAUGAUGCGGAAGUCAUCGAUCUGAAGCAUUUUAAAACUCAAAAUGCUGACUGUGUGAGAUCAACUAACAUAGAUGAUAACUGGUUAAAUUCAAACAUGGAACAGCCUAUCAUACAUCACAUGGAAAAGCUUGAACAGAGAGAUUCUGGUUGGAAACUGCAACAAGUAAUCAGUUUGGCCGUAAAUAUAAAUAAAUUUAGUCCUAUAAAAGCAAGCUCAUAUAUUCUAUUGUCAGACGAUGUGAGGAAAAAAGAGUCCUGUGUUAAUGUGGAAAAUAAUGAAGACCAGUGUUUCAAGUGGAAAGUUGUAUCUGCUCUGCAUUCUGUUAACAGGAGUGCUCAAAUAAUGCAAAAAAAUGUGUAUAAACCAAAGCUUGUCACAGAAAAAUCUGCAUCACAUUUCGAUGUGUGUAAGAUUACGAGCAGUGAACUUCAGAGUUCAUAUGGUGAGAAGCAGAUGAGACUCUCAUCUAGCCUGAUGGCUACAUAA